GUUUCCAUCUGGCUUUGAUACUGAGCCGGAGCCUUUGCUACUAGUAAUUCCGAGAUCCACAGGCUCGAUCGUCUUUCUCAUGUUGGAAAACCUUGGAAAGGACCCGCACUCUUGAAACGAUAAAAGGGUUCAUACUGAAUGUCUAAAACUUCGCGCUUCAUAUUUUCUCUACGCCCAGCGGGUAGUUUCUUAUCGCGACUUUGGAGAGAGCAAUGUCUACUAGACCUGCCUUGGCUUACAAUGAUGCGGAGAAAGGGACACUGGAUGUCCGCUCUCCUCAGAUCGCCGAUCUCGCCAGGGACGAGAAGAAGGAAUCAGACAUAGAGGUGUUCGCCGUGCAGUCUCUUAAGAAAGAUGCACCAGUGACUCCCUCAAACGUCGCGAAGCCACCACCACCCCCUACCAAGCCAGCAAAGAAGAGUACACCCUUGUGGGUCCUCUGGAUCAUCUGGUAUAACUCAUAUCGCCGUUUCUUUACGCGAAACGAAAUAUUCGGGCGUUGCUUGUAUUUGUUCGUCAACACGUUCUUCGCCAAGUGGACCCCUCUGUGGUUCCGUCUUGCAUGUACCUCCACGCUACAGCAUCUUGGUGGUAUCCACAGUGGAUGUGCAAUCUCCGGUUUUGCCUGGAUCAUCCUCAUGGUCGUCCACCAAUUCAAGACCAAGUAUUUGUUCAACGACUCUAUACUUGCAUUCGGUGUGAUCACCACGGUGGUGUUGUUCGUCACAAUCUGUGCUGGUCUUCCGUGGGUCCGUAACACCCAUCACAAUGUGUUCGAGAGAAAUCAUCGUUUCUUCGGAUGGACUUCCUUGGUCAUGACCUGGGUAUACACUAUCGUGACCAAUGCCUAUAAUGCCGCGGAUAACGACUUCGACCACAUUGGUCGAUACGUCGUCCAACAGCAGGCCUUCUGGUACACGGUUGGAAUGUCCGUCUUUAUUGUUUUACCUUGGAUUUGCACGAGACACGCCAAGGUUGACAUCGAACUGCCCUCUCCGAAAGUCGCUGUUCUCCGUUUCGAGCGUGGUAUGCAACAGGGUCUGCUUGCUCGUAUCAGUCGCUCGGCUGUCAAGGAAUAUCACGCUUUCGGUAUCAUCUCCGAGGGUACCCAUGCAAAAUACCACUACCUUAUUUGCGGUGUGCAAGGUGAUUUCACCAAGAGCCUGGUCAACGACCCGCCGAGAAGGAUUUGGACUCGUGAGCUGAAGUUCGCUGGUGUCUCCAAUACGUCGACCCUUUACAAGCGUGGAAUCCGUAUCUGCACUGGAACUGGUCUUGGCGCUGCCCUUUCGACUUGCAUCCAGUCUCCAUAUUGGUACCUAAUUUGGAUCGGCUCCGAUCAAGAGAAAACAUUCGGCCCAACCAUUAGUAAUCUCAUUCACAGGCAUGUCGGUCCAGAGCGUCUCCUCCUUUGGGACUCCAAGGUCCGUGGUGGUCGUCCACCCACCAUGAAGAUCUUGAAGGAGGUAUACGACUCCUGGCAGGCUGAAGUUGUCUUCAUCACAUCCAACUAUGUGGGCAACUUUGAGAUCCAGCAUGGUUGCAAGGAACUUGGUAUUCCUGCAUUCGGAACUCUUUGGGACUUUGAAAUCUCUCAAUUACGUAUUUUCGGGAACCAAGUUAGCUGGUAUAUCAAGGUUCCGUUUUUUCCAACUGUGACCACGAGUGGUACUGGCACAGACGGCUUGGUCGAACAGAAGCAGCACUAUUAGAGUUCGCGCAGGGGAAUGGACACUUUUAGAAAUUGAUGUGUUUUUAGCUUCACUACUUACUCUCAUUGGGCUAUAAAUUAUUAAUUGGUAACAAUCAUUUAAAGC